CUCUUUUCGUGUUUGCGCGAAGCGGUAGGUCGGACUGUGCGACAGAUGGCGAGACGUAUACUACGUAGUCGCCGACAUCGAGUAAUGUAGAGUAAAUCGAGAGACCGGAGCGGAAGUAUUGAAGAAAGUACAGGUGGUGCCUGUGUCGGCGAACUGCCUUUUUUUAUUAAGUUAUUGUGAUAUCUAUCUGUGAAGUUCAACGGUACUGUUGGAUAGAGCUUCACCACUGUCAAGCGUGGGAGGAUUGUACGAACAAGCUGCAAUGUAAUGUACAAAAGAGAAAAUCUCGAAGGUAUGAAAAAGAUGGGUUGCUUAUCGGCCUUCCUGUUCUAGAGCGGGGUCUUACUCGGCAAUUAGUCUCUACAUAAGGCGCAGCAAAUACGUACCUAUUCAUCUUUCCUCAUGAAACCACUCUUUGCAUGAAUACUACGAUUUUUUCAGCAUACAAAGGAUGGCUUCGAAUAACGAACCGUAUCCGAUCUCCCCACUACAAACCCCUGCAAGGCCAAAAGCCUACAACAUCCUUGUAUUUCACAACCGUGAUCCUGAAAAUGCUGCUAUCUCAUUCUUGAACCAGCUUGAUGGGACACCCUCUAUGUUCCUAGAUCCGACCUUCGACGGAUUACACCGUAUGCAAUACAUUCUCGAUAAUCAAACGACAUUGCUAGACUUUAUGGAUGUUCAGAAUGAUCAGUCAUAUCCGGGUCUCACAGAGCAACUCAUCAGAGAUAGGCAUGGCUUCAUAUUUUUUUAUAGUGUGGCUUCGAGAUCGGACUUUGACCACAUCAAAGUACUCCACGAGCAGAUUUUGGCGGUGAAAAGCAUCGCUUCAGUUCCAGCUAUUAUUAUUGGUUAUGGCGGACCUAGGGUUUCAGAGCGCAGGGUCACUACUGAAGAAGGCAAGACUCUUGCGGAAGAACUUCAAUGUCCGUUUGUGGAGAUGGGUAGGCUGCAGAAAAACGAGGAUGUGUUUCAUAAGUUGAUACAUGAGCUCUGGAAGCUAGAGGAAAAGCCAUCGCCAAAUAUCGAGAAGUCGGCGGAGCCCCGUGAGAAACCAAAAAGGUCAUUCCGACAGCGAAUUGGACAGAUAUGGAGAUGA